CAUUUUUGAAAUAUAGACUGCAUCUACCCACAGAUGAGGCUAUUUUUUGCGGCAUCCUACAUAAUACCAAGAGCUGCAGGCGUAAUUCUGGCAGGAAAUCGUUCGGUUCCGGACUACUUCUCCAGCAGUAUCCUCGCAGUUGAAGUACUUCAGGAGGUACGGUAACUGGUUAGCACCAUAAUUGCGCGAUGGUUUCAGGCAUGAGCUGCAAGCUACAAUAUCAGCUGUUUGUGUUCUACAGACUCCUUUAACAACAGAUGACGAUUUUCUACCCACCUCAUAAAUCAACGAGCAGCAUCCAUACAUGGGUGUGUAAACACUUUCACACGAGCUGAUACACAACCCAGCAAAUAAUUUCCUUGUCAUAACUCUCACAAUAUGAUGCGAAGCUGAAAACCGGAUCAUUAUCAACCAGGAGUGGCAAGCUUGGUGUCAUCAAAUGAUUCAAAUGCCGAGUCAAUGUAUGACAGUAUUUACCAUGCCCUGAUAGUCAGUUGAAGGCCAAAAAUUGACUUUCACGUGCAUGAAUAGAUACUGACUUCACCAAACAUGUCGAGACCGAUUUCCUUAUGUGGUGCUAGAGACUCGGCUACAAGAUCGCCUAUCUUUGAGUCAGACAAGGGCUCCAUUUCGAGAAUACAUUUGACUCCAGAGCUUUCCAGACAGGGUACUGCCCAGGCUACCUCAACAGAUCCCAAGGGCCCUCUCGGCCUCAAUCUUUUGUAUGAUCCAAGCGAGCCUCUUGUUGACUUCAUUUUCGUUCAUGGGCUCGGUGGCGGUUCGAGAAAAACUUGGAGCAAAACUGCUUCGGUGAAGGACUUCUGGCCACAGGAAUGGCUUCCACAAGAUCCUGCCUUUAGGCAUGUCCGCAUACAUAGCUUCGGAUAUGACUCUGACUGGAUCAAAGGGAGAAAGAACGUCCUGAAUAUUCAUCAUUUUGGGAAAUCGCUGUUAGGGCAAAUAAGUACGUUGCCACGCUUGAGAGAUUCGGACACGCCCAUUGUUUUGAUUGGACACAGCAUGGGAGGAUUGGUUAUCAAAAAAGCUUACAACUUGGCAAGGCAAGUUGCCGCUUACGAGUCUUUGGCACAUCGUGUGCAUUCAAUCGUCUUCCUUGCCACUCCGCAUCGUGGUUCCGACUCCGCCAAACUCCUGGGCAAUAUACUCUGGUUUGCCUCGAGUUCGAAAGAGUACGUGAAUGAGCUCAGAGAACACUCUGGCACUAUCCAAACCAUUAGCGAUGAGUUUCGAAAUUACGAGCGAGACCUGGACCUGUGGUCCUUCUAUGUGACUUCUCCCCUCAAGAUAGGAAAGAUCGCCAGCCAACUCAUUGUUGAGCCGGACUCAGCAGUUAUGGGCUGCUACAAUGAGAAACAGAUGUCGUACCACAUAGCGCAUUCCGAUCCGCGCUCUGACGAACUUUUGGCUCUUCUAGACAAAUUUCUCAAGUUGAAUGUCUUGUCCUGGAUCGAGAUCAUUGCACAAACACAAGAUCUCAUCUUCUUCAUCCGUGUUGCAAAGCACUUACGGUCCUAUCUCAAGGCAUGCUCCAUUGAGAGGUCCCCUUUGAGUAGAGAGGUGUCUCUUCUCAGAGGCUGGACGACGGAUCUUAUUCGAAUCACUGCAAAAUUCGCAGAUGCGCUUGUUCUGUCCCCUUCAGCUAUUUAUUCUCUCAUCUUACCAUUUUGUCCCACGUCGUCUUCCGUCUACAAGACAUCUAAUAACGGACGAAGACUGGCGAUAUUAGGACUCUCCCACUCACAAUGGGAUGACCGAGUAUCCUGCAUUGAUUUUGUCCAUGGGCGGACGAGUGCAGUCGGUGUCGGCGAUCAUUUCUUAGGAGUUGGCCUUACAACUGGGACAGUCAUUGUAUAGCAUGCAUCAUCUUACCAGGAGAUCAGACGAUUAGAGCUUGGCGAAGCUGUCAAAUUCCUACAAUUCAAGGAGCAGUCCGAUCUUAUGGCAACGUGUAGUAUCAAGAAUGUGAGACUAUGGGAUGCUCGAAGAAGUGUACUAAUCCAUACCUUUCAGGUAACCCAACGGCCAAUAAGUUUGGCAUUCGACGGGCACUUGCUGGGGGCUGCUUCUUAUCAAAAUAGCCUGAUGACGUGGGAUUUGGACAACAACGGAGUACAAAAGCCAGAUGUCUCAUGGAACGACCCUGAGUCGCUGACUGGCUCACGCUUUCGUCGACCACCAACCGCUAUCUCGAUCUCUACGAGCCAUCAAAUGCUCGCGGUGGCAUAUAGCGGAAGAUCCAUAUUGCUAUGGGACCUGGCCGGAGAUAGUUUCUACGGCAAUUGUGGCAGGAAACGGUCUGAUGGCGAGACCAGCACUCAUGUUAUCCCCUCUCUCCUUUUCAACCCAAACUAGAGUAUUGGGCUUCUGGCUGCGUCCUAUCUGGAUGGGCAACUUGCGAUACUUGAUCCAUUCAACGACCAGGAACAAUGCACUCUCCGCGCUGACUGUCACGUCCUUGCUGCUAGUCUGGAUGGUCGUUUGCUCGCAGGAGCUGCUGGCUCUGGAAUUAUCCAAGUGUACGAGUUCGAUACGUUAAAGUUGCUUUACAGGGUGCAAUCGUCCAACUUCUACAUCAAGCAAUUGGCCUUUAGUCCAGAUGGGCUUCAUUUUGUGGAUAUUCGUGGUACUCAAUGCAAUGUGUGGGA